AUGGCAGAUCCCAUGCUGUCAAUGACUGUGGAAGGAACACCACUGACCUUCCUGGUGGACACUGGAGCGACCUACUCCACGCUUAUAUCCACACCAAACAGUGCAACCAUCUCUGACCACACUGUGAGCGUGGUUGGUUUCUCCGGGGUUCCAAUGACUCUGCCAUUAACUGAUCCAGCACUUACUGAGCUGGGAAGACAGACUUUGAAGCACAGAUAUGUGGUGUCGCCACAGGUACCAGUAAAUCUCAUGGGCAGAGAUCUGCUUGUGAAGCUAGGAGCUACCAUCACCUGUUCCGCAGAUGGCCUGACGGUUACUUUGCCGGGCGGAAACCAGUUCCCGUGCCUGGGGACACAUACAAAGACUCAAUAUCUGCUCCAAGACUCUGAACAAGCUACAGCCGACAUCUACUGGGGGAGGCUGGUGGAAGACGACAUUCUGAGACAAUAUGAGCUGUGGAGACCCUGGAUAAUGAGCCUGGCCGUCUACACCCCGCCGCGUGACCCUUACCACGUCACUCUGUUUUAUGAUAGGGACGACGAUGACACGUACCGAGAAAAUUUUGAAAAUGACCUCGAAGGUCAAAUUUGGAGCGUGCGUUGCCAUAACAUUUAUGUGGGCCCGGAAGGGGUAGCAGCGGCUGCAAAAUUGACGGAAGAACAACUGCUUUGGUACGAGAUGGGCUCCGAUUCAGCUCCCCAUGUCACUUUGGCGGUCCACGUCGGUCAUCAGGCCCGAGAGUUGGGUCCGAUGGUCAAGCGAGCCCUGGAUAACAGCUGGUGGCAAAGGCCCACGGAUGUUGGCCUGGCCAAUUGUUCACCCGUCCUCUUUCAGCUGAAAUCGGAAGUGCCAAUUGAGAGACCUCAGUACAGACAUAAACCAGAAGCUGAGGAAGGAAUUGCAGAAACAAUUGAGGGGUUGUUGAAAGUAGGGGUGCUCGAGCCUUCUCAAUCAUACUGGAACACACCUAUUCUGCCAGUAGAAAAGCACGGGACAGGCAUUUUCAACCAGGUGCUGAAAGACGCGCUGUCACCGUGCCAUCUGCCUGAAGGUUGUACACUCAUUCAGUACGUAGAUGACUUGUUAAUAGCAGCCCCGUCCGCAUCCGCCUGCACAGCAGCCUCUCUGGUGGUUCUGAACCGCUUGGCAGAAUGUGGGUUUAAAGUAAGUAAAGAAAAACUGCAGCUGGUCCGACCGGAAGUAACAUUUCUGGGCCGAGUCAUCGCACACAGGUCAGUGGGUUUAAUGAACACACACAGAGACCAGAUUCUGACACACCCAAAACCAAGAACUGUGAAGGAACUCCUUUCCUUUCUUGGCCUGACAGGCUACAGCAGACAGUUUAUCCCGAAUUAUGCGGGUAAGACGGCCCCCUUAAGGGACCUGAUCAAAAAGGUGGGCGUUCGAAACCUUAAGGCAGAGUUACCAUGGACACCACCAACAGAGACAGCAUUCAUUUCACUCAAACAAGACCUGUCAAGAGCCACAGAUCUGGCCACACCCAACUAUGAUGAACCAUUCUAUCUUGAUGUUUCUGAAACAAAUGAGAUUGUGAAUGGCGUUUUGUUUCAGAAAAAAGGAGGAGGUAGGGAUGUGCUUAUGUAUGUCAGCGUAAGAUUAAAUCCAACAGAGGCAAGACAUCCCCCAUGUACACAGCAUGCAGCUGGGGUAGCCAAAAUCAUUCAGAAAACAGCACAUGUAGUAAGAGAACAUCCACUUAAAGUGCUCACCACACACAGUGUAGUAGCCUAUGUAAACUCACAAGCCUUCACAAUGACACCACUGAGACAACAGAGACUGAGCAAAGUCCUGGAUGCUCCAAACUUGACGUUUACACAUGAAGGCAUAAACAUGGCAGACUUGAUGGGGUCAGGGGAACCACACGACUGUGCCAAAAGAGCUGAAGCUGAAGAGAAGGUCAGAGAAGAUUUGAAAGCAGAACCUAUCAUAGGUGCGGAGGACUGGUUCACAGACGGCUGUUGUCACCGGGAUGAAGAAGGACUGAAAGCAGGCUACGCGGUGGUUUCCAGAAGAGGACGACAGUAUGAGGUACAAGAAGCUGGAAGAAUAGAGGGUCAACAGUCAGCACAGAGAGCUGAAGUAAUAGCCCUGACUCGAGCCCUGAGACUGGCCAAGAACAUGAAGGUGAACAUCUACACUGAUUCAGCUUAUGCAUUCGGGGCAGCUCACGUGGAACUCGCUCAAUGGAAGAGAGCAGGUUUCAGAACAGCAACCAAUGCCCCAAUAUGCCAUAAGAAGGAAAUGGAGGAACUGGAAGACGCUCUGAACGACCCAGACAUGGUAAGUAUCAUAAAAUGUAAAGCACACUCUCAAGAAAACACAAUGGUAGCAAAAGGGAACCAGAAAGCAGAUGAAGCCGCCAAAGAAGCAGCAGGCUACAAAGGACGGAGACAGAUGGUGGAGGUUAUUGCUGAAGAAGAGCCAACCGUUAAUGUGUUGGAGGAAGCCAGAAGGGCGCAGGAAGAAGUCACCCAGGAAGAAAAGGAGGUGUGGCAGGCCCGAGGAGCCAGAAAAGAAGGAGGUCUGUGGAGAGGGCCCCACGGGCGACCGGCUCUAACAGCCAAGCUGGCUGAAAAGAAGGUAAGUGAGGCACAUGGACUUGGUCACGUGGGUGUGGCACAGAUGGAGAGAAACUUGUGUCACUGGUGGCACCCUCACCUGAGAGACAUGAUAAAAGAAAAAGCCAGAACGUGUCUGAUCUGUGGGGCACACAAUCCAAAACCAGCGGUGAAGCCAGAACCAGGUAAGUUCCUCAUGCCAGAGAGACCAGGAGAAGAAAUUGUGAUUGACUACACUGACAUGGUGGAUGGGGGACCAGGAGGACUGAGGUACUUGUUGGUAUGUGUGGAUGCUCUGACCGGCUGGCCAGAGGCAUGGGCUACUAAAAGAGAGGAUGCAAAAAGUGUGAUUAAAUGUCUGAUUAACCACUACAUCCCAAGGCAUGGGUUUCCCAAGAGAAUUAGAUCAGAUAACGGGACCCAUUUUAGAAAUAAGGAUCUAGCAGAGGUGGAGAGAAUGCUGGGAGUCCAGCAUAAAUUCGGGACAGUGUACCAUCCUCAGUCCCAAGGAAAAGUAGAAAGAAUGAACCUAAAUUUGAAGAACAAAUUGGCUAAAAUCUGUGCACAGACAGGGUUGAAUUGGGUUGCAGCCCUGCCAAUUGCUUUGAUGACCAUAAGAUGUUCUGUUAACCAAUCCACAGGUUUCACGCCCUAUGAGCUGCUGACAGGACGGCAGUUUCCGGCGCCUUGGACGGUGGUUCCAGCGACAGAACAGUCUAAGAGAAGUAACAAGUCUCAUGCUGAAUAUUUUAAUGAAGUAAAAGCUCUUGUGUCCAGUUUUACAAAACAGGUGACCGCCGGGAGGCCCACGGCAGAAGGAGAGGUUCCAGAGGCAAAAGCAGUGUGGCUGAAAGUCAUAAAGAGGAAGUGGAAAGAGCCUCGCUGGACCGGACCCUACGAGGUGACGGCUCGGACGGCCACAGCGGUUCGUUUGAAAGGAAAAGGUGAAAAUUGGUAUCACUGGACGCAGUGUGCUGCAGCAGACGAGAGCCUGGUGGACAGCGACCUAGCUCCACCGAACACGGGGGCUGACGACAGCCAGAGGCAGAAUAAAUCCUCUCCCCCGUGCAACGGGCCGAACAGUAGUCUACCUGGGAGGCCGAAGCAAGAAGAACAGCAAAGGAGGAGAUCCCCACGCCAACGCAAGGGAGUGAUAGCCUGGAACAGCCCACCCGAGCACGGAGGUCAGCCCAGCCCUCCACCGACUGAAAAACAGAACACUGAAAUGGGGCCGUUACAGAGACCCAAACGAGAGCUAGGCCGCGCUUGUUUACAGAACCCGCUCCACUGUAUCCAGAGGACAAAUGGGGAUAUGACUGCAUGCUACAAAUCACAAGAGAAGCGGGAUUUUGGUCACCUGCGGAUGCUGUCUCAUUCCUUGUGUCAGAGGAUUGUUGGAAAAGGUAAUUACGAGGGCAGUGGACCCCGGGGUGGUGACCCCGGUGUCUAUGAUGCCAUUAAUGGACGUAGAAACGACUGA